UGCCGAGAGGUCACUGAGGAUGGCUGACAUCAUCUCAACUGUUGAAUUUAAUUACUCUGGAGAUCUGCUUGCAACGGGAGACAAGGGCGGCAGAGUCGUUAUUUUUCAGCGGGAACAAGAGAAUAAAAGCCGCCCUCACUCUAGGGGAGAAUAUAAUGUUUACAGUACCUUUCAAAGUCAUGAACCAGAGUUUGACUAUUUGAAAAGUCUAGAAAUUGAGGAAAAAAUCAAUAAAAUUAGGUGGUUACCACAACAGAAUGCUGCUCAUUUUCUACUCUCUACAAAUGAUAAAACUAUUAAAUUAUGGAAAAUAAGCGAGCGGGACAAAAGAGCAGAAGGUUACAACUUGAAAGAUGAAGACGGACGGCUUCGAGACCCAUUCCGAAUUACGGCGCUGAGGGUUCCAAUAUUGAAGCCCAUGGAUCUUAUGGUAGAAGCAAGUCCACGACGAAUUUUUGCCAAUGCUCAUACAUACCAUAUAAAUUCCAUUUCAGUAAAUAGUGAUCAUGAAACGUAUCUUUCUGCAGAUGACCUGAGAAUUAAUCUAUGGCAUUUAGAAAUCACAGAUAGGAGCUUCAACAUCGUGGACAUCAAGCCCGUAAACAUGGAGGAGCUGACGGAGGUGAUCACCGCAGCCGAGUUCCACCCGCACCAGUGCAACGUGUUCGUCUACAGCAGCAGCAAAGGGACCAUCAGGCUGUGCGACAUGCGCUCCUCAGCCCUGUGCGACAGACACUCUAAGUUUUUUGAAGAACCCGAAGAUCCCAGCAGCAGGUCCUUCUUCUCCGAAAUCAUCUCCUCCAUCUCCGACGUGAGGUUCAGUCACAGCGGCCGGUACAUGAUGACCCGAGACUACCUGUCGGUGAAGGUGUGGGACCUCAACAUGGAGAGCCGGCCCGUCGAGACCCACCAGGUGCACGAGUACCUGCGCAGCAAGCUGUGCUCUCUGUACGAGAACGACUGCAUCUUCGACAAGUUCGAGUGCUGCUGGGGCGGCUCAGACAGCGCCAUCAUGACCGGUUCCUACAACAACUUCUUCCGAAUGUUCGAUCGAAAUACACGGAGGGAUGUCACGCUGGAAGCUUCCAGGGAGAACAGCAAGCCCCGAGCCAGCUUAAAGCCUCGGAAAGUGUGUACAGGCGGGAAGAGAAAGAAGGACGAGAUCAGUGUGGACAGUCUGGACUUCAACAAGAAGAUUCUGCACACGGCCUGGCACCCAGCGGAGAACAUCAUCGCCGUGGCCGCUACCAACAACCUGUACAUCUUCCAGGACAAGGUCAACUAG